AUGCAAGUCAGAAAUAUUCAGAACAUAGCACCGAGUCUAACUGACAAGAGUAUAAAGAUAUACUAUGAACACGUUAUGAUGAAACCAACCAAAAUUCAAGAAAGUCAGUAUACUUAUGAAUAUCCAAGACACUGGGUAGAGUAUGUAGGAGGUGAGAAAGCUAUUGAAAUAAGACAAGUUAGAAGUAUUCCAGCAGGAAGAACAAUAUUAUUGAAGAACUUUAAUGUUUUGAGAUAUAAUGAUGAAACAAAGAAGCAAGAUAGUUUCCCUGUUGCUGUGUAUGUGAACUUAGAUACAGGAGAUGGCAUGAAAGUUUUUAACACAAAGCUUCAAACGGUAUUGAAAGAACAACUUAUAGCAGAAGGACACCCAUUACCUUCAGAAGUUACCAUAGCAUAUAAUUUUGAAACAAAUGCAAUAGAUUUUAAAAUCGUCUCUGCAAAGAAGUCAGGUUUUACAUUUAAUGAAGCAGAU